AUGCUGACCAGCUUGGAGGGCGAGAGUGGUAUUGACAUUGAAGGUGACCUAAGCGAGCCGACUGCAGCGGCUGCGCUAGUAGGUGACCUUGUCUAUGACGACCUCAUUCUCAAUCUCGGGGUUAUUGUCGAAGCCCAGUAUGAUGACGAAGUUUGCUACAAGGUCCGACGGGCUCUGCAAGCUAACCGAUUGGUGCCAGAGUCGAUUCCGAUCGUGUUGCAGCAAGUUCUUCCGGAGAUCUCUAUCAACGAGUACGACGUGCUAGUCAGAGACUAUUAUGCUCCCUGCAAAGGCGAGGUUGUCUCCGUCCCUGUCACUCCUGAUAGCCUCAAAGCAGAAGUGGUUCAUGGUAUUCACUCUCUGUUGUGCCACUGUGGGUGUCGACGUACACUUGAGGUGUUGUCUGGCUUAUGUUGGUUUGUCGACAUGUUGACGGAAGCUGCGGCAAUGCUGUCGAACUGUGAUGUCUGUUCAAGACAGUCGAGGCCAAUGAUCGUUAAGCAUGACAUUGGUUUGUUUUCUCCGGAGCGCCUUCGUGAAGCUGUGCCUUUCUCUGUGGUGAGUGCCGAUGUGGUCUAUCUUCCUGAGCCCUACCUUUCGCAGCAGUGUGCAGUGAGUAAGUUUGCUUGUCUGAUUGGGUUAACAAGCGAAGAUGCUACCACUAUUGCACAGGCGUUCGAACGUAGUUGGGCUAUCAUUGGGAAGCGCCCAGUGUAUCUGCUCACGGAUAAUGCAGCAGCAUUUCUGUCAUGCGAGUUGCCGGGCGUGACGAGACUCUACACUCCUGUGAGGUCGAGUCAGUCAAACGGUAUGGUAGAGUCACUUCAUCGCACGGUACGAAGGUGGGUGCGCGCUGUGCUGGCCGAUGACCCGUCCAUCGGUGUUGAAGCUGCAAUCCAUCGUGUUAUGAGAGCUUAUAACUCUACCUGUCACUCUGUCACUGGACAGAUACCGAACGACAUGCUCAACACCGACCCCGAUAGUGUCGAGUGGAAAAGGCUGGCUGCUAAGGUUGCUCAGCUGGCUGAGAAGAAGAUCCAAACCAGCACUAAGCACAAGCUCUAUCCAGGAUGCAUUGUCCGCAUUCGAGCUGUCACGAGAUUCGACAAAGUGAUCUCUAACUCUAACGACACCCCUUUCAGUGAGCGACGCUGGCGGGUGGUUGGUUUUCCCACUGGCCAUGGACUCAUCACUCAUGCUGAUGACUAUGGUUAUUUUCGUAAGGUGAAGCUGGUCAGCGAUGGUGAGAUAAAGGUUCUACAUGCUUCGAGACUCUGCAUUUGUACUUCCGCUGAGACAGAUGUCGCUGACCUUAGACGUGCGAUGCGCAGGAUUGACCGAGACUAA